CGUCACGACCCACGAUGGCGGCCAGCGGCUCAGCUGUGACGGUUCUCACACCAAACGGGAGAAGGCAAACUAUUAAAGUGUCCCCAAACACCCCCUUGCUGCAGGUGUUGGAGGACGUGUGCAAAAAGCACGGAUUUAACCCGGACGACCACGGUUUGAAGUUUCAGAGGACUGUUGUUGACCUGACUCUGCCCUGGAGGUUUGCCAACCUACCCAACAAUGCUAAACUGGAAAUGGUUACAAGUACAAAGAAGCAAGCCGAAGCCCAGGUGCGGAUUGCUCUGCAGAGGGAGGACGGCUCUCGACUCCAGGCGUCCUUCUCCUCUGGACAGACUCUGUGGGAGCUGCUCACACAUUUCCCAGAGAUCAGCGGAUCGCUGCUGUCGGAGUCAGGAUCCACUCCUGUCUGUGUUUACAUGAGAGACGAGGUGAGUGGGGAAGAAGCACUGAAGAAGGCCACGCUCAAGUCUCUGGGUCUCACAGGAGGAAGUGCCAUCGUCAGGUUUUUACUGAAAAAGGAUAAAACGCCAGGAGAAGAAGAUGCGUUUGAAACGGCCGCUCUUCCAGCCACGCCUGUUGCCAAGGAAACGGCCCCCGGCCCGCCGCCUCAGCCCGGCCCCACCCCGUCGCUUCCAGCAGAGGUGCCAAACACAGAUCCCAGCCCCGACGUGCCGAUGGAGACGUCCCCGCUCUCCCCCGUCACGGCGACAAGCGCGCGCCCGGUUCAACCGGCGGACGGUUCAGACUCCCAGAAUACAGUUCGGCACGAAGCCCCUCGGGCAGGAAGUUCAUCGCCGGUGGAGGACGGAGAGGAGGCGGGGCCGUCGGGACUCGGCUCGCCCCCGUCCUCCUCCUCCGCUCCCUCCGCUCCCUUCGUUCCUUUCUCUGGAGGAGGUCAGCGCCUCGGCGGCCCCGCCGGACGCGCCGCGCCUUCAUCAUCCUCCUCAUCCUCACUCUCAGCCAUGCCCGCUGCGGUCGAAUCGCCCAAAGCGAAGAAAGCCAAAUCCAGCCACGGUUCAAGCACCAAGUGUAAAACUAAUUCCAGUCGGCAGGAUGAGCACGUGAACCCGGAGGAGUUCUUGGAGCCGGUGGAGCGGGAGUCGCUGAUCUACCACGUGGACUCGCUGUCCCGCCAGUCGGAGGAUCACGCCGAUCUGCCCGACGAGUUCUUCGAAGUGACGGUGGACGACAUUAGGAAGCGCUUUGCUCAGCUGAAGAGCGAGAGGAAGUUCCUGGAGGAGGCGCCGCUCAUGACCAAAUCCCUGAGAGAAGCGCAGAUGAAGGAGAAGCUCGAUCGAUAUCCCAAAGUGGUCCUGAGGGUCCAGUUUCCAGACAGGCACGUCCUGCAGGGCUUCUUCAGACCUUUGGAGACAGUUGGGGCCGUGAAGCAGUUUGUCAGGAGUCAUCUGGAGGAUCCUCAGCUCAGUUUCUACCUGUUUAUCACGCCUCCAAAAACCAUUCUGAGUGACGCUUCGGCCACACUUUUCCAGGCCGACCUGUUUCCCGGCGCACUCAUAUACUUCGGCUCCAAUGCUAAAACAGAUUUUUACAUAAAGCGAGAACUGCUCCAGUCCUCCGUCUCAGCCUCGCAAGCAAAUGAGUCCAUCGCAAGCUGCAUGCUGCGCUCCCCGACGCCCCCCUCCGGCUCCGCGGCCGCCGAGGAGCCGCCGCCGCCGCCUUCAGAGCCGCCGAUGAACGCCGGAGGAUCCACACAGCCUGAACCGGACCCGGCCACACACACCCAGCCUCCCAAAACCACCAGGUCUGACCCGGGAAAGGUGCCCAAGUGGCUGAAGCUCCCAGGUAAGAAAUAAAAGCGGCGCUGCGGUUUGAUGGGAGCGCCGAGUGACGCCACGCUGCAUCAGAAUCUCCACUUUGAGAGGCUCCGCAGCGGCUCUUCAUGACGGACAGAUGAAUUAGUGAAUUAUUGAAUUGUGGGGGGGAAAUUGCCGUGUUUCAUUCCGGCUGCUCGCUCAGAGUGGCGAGCACUGAAGAGGACAAAUGUAGUGAGGAGUGAUUAAAGACUGUUGUUGC